AUGGGCAAUCCAACCCUCGAAGACUUCGCCGCUCUCCAGUUCGACUACAUUAUUAUAGGCGGAGGAACAGCCGGUCUAGCAGUCGCUGCACGUCUGAGCGAAGACGCCGAAGUCCAAGUUGGAGUCAUUGAAGCCGGCCCAUCAGCCCUAGACAGAGAAAACAACGGAGCAAUCAAUAUACCCGGCCGAUAUGGCGAAACAAUUGGAUCUGAAUAUGACUGGCAAUUCGAAACAAUAUCCCAGCCAGGUCUUGGAGGACGCUCGCUGCCCUGGCCGCGAGGUCGUGUUCUAGGCGGCACAAGUGCACUCAACUUUAUGGCGUGGAACCGCGGCCAUCGUGAUGAUUAUGAUGCGUGGGCUACAUUGGGUAAUCUGGGGUGGGGAUGGGAAGAUCUUCUACCCUUCUUCCGUCGCAGCGAGAACUUCCACCCGCCUAGCGCUGCUCAUCAGGAAUAUUAUAAGUCUGCUUAUGAUCCCGAAGUUAACGGAACAGGUGGGCCUCUACAGACGUCGCAUGUUAAACAAUACGGCAUCGCGCACCAGUAUUGGCAUGAUACGCUCAAUAAACUCGGAGUAGAAUCUAUUCCUGAUAGUCUGGCAGGUGCUAACAGUGGUGCGUGGAAUAUGAUUUGCACGCUAGAUCCAGGCCGUCAGGAGCGUAGCUAUUCUGCUUCGGCGUACUACUCACCCAUAGCUGGACGCAAGAACCUGCACAUUCUCACCGAGGCCACAGUCUUGGAGGUUAUACUCGAAUUGGGCGACGAUAGUGACUGGGCUGCAAGAGGAGUCCAAGUUCGUUGUGGCAAAGAAGAAGCUAGCAUCAUAGCUACUCGAGAGGUUAUCCUCAGUGCUGGAAGUGUGCAAUCUCCACAACUCCUGGAAUUGUCGGGGAUAGGUCAGCGGGAUAUAUUGGAAUCUGCUGGUAUUGAUGUCAAAAUUCAUAAUCCCAAUGUUGGAGAGAAUCUACAGGACCAUAUGAUGACCGCUACUAUCUUCGAAAUACCACCUACCUUCCCUACUCGUGACGACAUCCUCGGUGACCCUAUUCAACGCACUGCUGCUGACCACGCCUAUUACGCCUCGCAAACGGGACCGUGGACUGUGAUGCCAUGCUCUGUGGCCUACACGCCACUCUCACAAAUCUUGCAAACAGACGAAUGCGCUGAGCUAUAUAACGAUGCUCAAAGGAUUGCAAAAGAAACUGGCCGGAUAUCCGAUGCCCUUUUAGCCAGCCAGUUUGAGCCAGGCAAAACACGCGGCCAGAUCGAGUCCCUCUUCGAUGUUGGAAACUGGAGCCCAUAUUUUGUCUCUGAGUCGGGCAAGAAGUAUGCCACGAUGCUUCAAAUGCUGCAGUAUCCGUUCUCUCGGGGGUCAAUCCAUCUGCCUCCGAAAGGUGACAAGCAGAAAACCACGGUUGACGACAAGCCUGUUAUUGACCCACAGUAUUAUCUUGGUGCUGGUGAGAUCGAUAAAAGAAUCAUGGCAAAAGCGCAAAGGUGGGCAGAUCGAAUCUGUCAGACUGAGCCUUUGGCCCAUAUUGUCCGGGGUCGUGUCUUUCCUACGCCUGCUGAAACGUCUGAUUCUGAGGAAACUGUGUACGAUAAGUUUGUCUCUAACUAUACAAUCACCGACUGGCAUCCUAUUGGUACCUGUGCUAUGGGCGGAUACCAGAACGCUAAAGCUGGAGUCGUCGACGAAAGACUUCGAGUGUACGGUGUUCGCGGCUUGCGGGUUAUCGAUGCUAGUAUCAUGCCAUUGCAGAUCGGAGCGCAUAUUCAAGCAACUGUCUACGCGAUUGCUGAGAAGGGGGCGGAGAUGAUUAAAGAGGAUUAUGCAAGCAGAGGAUAG